AAAGGUGUGUUGCAAGUAAAAGAAAACGGAGGAAGUACGAAAUAGAGGUACUAAAAAAAAUUACAAAGGAAAAAUAAACAAACAACAUUAAAAAAAAUUUCACAAUUCUUAACAACAGUUGUGGCUGUAGUUUAGUGGUUAGAAUUCCACGUUGUGGCCGAGGAGACCUGGGCUCGAAUCCCAGCAUCCUUUUUUUUUUUUUUUUUUUAAUAAUUUAUUUAUUUAUUUAUUUAUUUUUUAUAUAUAAAUCCAUCGUUGACACUUUGUCAACUUCAAAAACCCCAGAAAUUAGUCUUCACUCUCUCUAUCACUCUCCUCCUCCUCCUUAAACUUCUAAUUUUGGUUCCUCCUCCUCCUUAAACUUCUAAUUUUGGUUCGUAGAUUCACCUUCAUUACAUUCCACAAUCUAAGGGAUCGCAUAGCGGAGUGGAUAUCGCAUUAGACUCCGAAUCUAAAGAUGUUUGACGAUCAGAUGCUUGGAUUUUUGGCCAAUUCACUUGGAAUCAGCUUGUUCAUGCUUGUCAUCGCUUACCAUUAUGUAAUGGCCGAUCCCAGAUAUGAAGGCAAUUGAAGAUAUACAGUGUUUAUGGAGGCACUUAACAAAAUCUAUAUUUGAUAGGUUGUAGAUGAUUUUUAAUACAGUUUGGGUUCGUAUAAUGCAUACACUGUCAUGUAACCUUUGGCUGAAGACAGUUUUGAUAGAUAAAAAGAUGGCAUAUCCUUCCUGACCUGUUAUGCCUUUUAAUACAUGAAGCCAAAUUAUUGAAUGUGUUGUUGAACACUUUCACACUUUCACAGCAAAUUAUUGCAAAUCAAAUACAUAAAGCUGUGAUCUCAA